UUUGAGGUUAUCUUCGUGUUUACAAACGUCGUUCUAAAAAAUUUUGUGAAAAAUGGCAGCGUUAUUGAAAAAACGCGCAUUUCUCGAAUACGGGCAACUAAUACAGGAUCCACCACAACCACCACCAAAAAAGCUUCGAUUAAUAAAAAAACCGCCUGUGCGUAGUUAUGCGAUAGAUUUUAUAAGUUGUUUGGAAAGUUGUAAUAGCAGUAAUGAAAUAAUGCAAAUUUUGUUGCGUAUAGACACAACAGAAUUAGAUAAAUCCGAUCUAACCGAUGCUUUAAAAAUGCUCACGGACCACUUUAAAACAGAAGCUGAAUCUGCCGUUAGGGUAAAAAUCUUAUCACUUUUAGGUGAUAUUGGUCAGCAAUUUGAAUGUGACGUUGUAAUUAUCAUAGAAGAAUGUAUGGGGUUAUUAAAAAAUGAAAUGUCACAUAAAGUUUUAGCUCAAGGAAUUAACACGAUAUUAAAACUAGCUAAAUUGAUACCAGAUAAUGUUCAGUUACACCAAAAAUUAGUUGAAACUGCUAAAAAUUAUCUCAAAGACACCAAUCAUAGUGUUAAAUGUAAAUGUUUAGAGGUUAUUGGGGUUUUAGCCCCAUCAUGUGGUCACAAUAUAGAUCGAAAAAAUAUUUUAAAUCUUGUAACAUCUUAUUUUACAAAUGAAGAUGCUCGCGUUCGAAGUCAAGCUUUUAAAACUACCAUUAAUUUGCAUGACAAAGGAUUUAAAUUAGACCCUGCUAUUUAUACCAUCGUUUGUGAUGCUUUAAAUGAUGACUAUGAAAUUGUUCGUCAAGCCGUUUUAAAAUUAAUUUGGGUUAUUGGGAAUGCAUAUCCGGAAAAUAUAAUUUUAUUACCCGAUAGUGAACAGGAAUUACGACUUAUCGAUGACGCUUUUGGUAAAAUUUGCACCGGGGUAACUGAUUUAUCAAUGUUUGUUAGAACUCAAGCUGCAAAAUUGUUAGGUUCCAUGAGUUUGGUUUCACCAAAAUUUUUAAAUCAAACUUUAGAUAAAAAAUUAAUGUCAAAUAUGAGACGAAAAAGAACUGCUCAUGAAUUAGCUUGGGAAAAUGUUACUAGUGGGGAAUGGGCGAGUGGUAAAAAAUGGGCUGAUGAUGCUCCUCGAGAACUUAUUGACGCCGAUAGUAUAAACUUAAUGAGUAGCGGUGCGUGCGGAGCUUUCGUUCAUGGUUUAGAAGAUGAAUUUCUUGAAGUUCGUUCGGCCGCUGUGGAAUCUCUGUGUCAAUUAUCACUAAAUAAUCCGCAUUUUGCAAAUUUAUCUUUGGAUUUUUUGGUGGAUAUGUUCAAUGAUGAAAUUGAAGACGUUCGAUUGAAAGCAAUCGAUAGUUUGCGUCAAAUUUCGGCGCAUAUAGUCUUGAGGGACGAUCAAAUAGAAACGAUUUUAGCGGCUCUUGAAGAUUUUUCUCAGGAGGUACGCGAGGGUUUACAUAGGAUGUUGUCCGCUUGUCAAAUGUCGACGACUCCCGGUUUGAAAAUGUGCGUUGAAAAAUUGCUGGAUAAUUUGAAAAAGUACCCCCAGGACAAAAGAUCAACGUUUCGUUGUAUGCAAAAAAUGGGAGAGCAACAUCCUGAAUUGAUAUUGCCAUUGGUACCGCAAUUUCUGAAUAUUCAUCCGUUUUUUGAUAUGGCUGAGCCGGAUGUUGAAAAUCCACAAUAUAUAUGUAUAUUAAUUCUAGUUUUAAAUGCAGCAAAAAAUUUUCCAACGAUUCUCCCACUUUUAGAGCCUCAUACCAGAAAACAUUACACAUAUUUACGCGAUACAAUGCCAAAUUUGGUGCCCGUAUUAACAUUUAUAACAAACGAGAACAAUAUUGAAGUAAAACCCACCAACGUAAUGGAAAGUGUAAAUUUUUUAAAGACCGUUGUUAACGGUUUAGGUGUUACAACCCACAAAAUGCAUACCAAUUUACUAUUAAAAGCCAAGGAACAUCUUUUGCGACUGAGUGAAAUGGAUCAACAAGUUUCCGGAACUGCACAAUUUACGGCUCUUUACAUCGGGGCACAAAUAUUAAUGUUGCAAAUUUUCAAAAAAGGCGCUUGGAUGAAUCCUACAUCUUUAGCAACACAACAAUCCAAUAAUUUAAAAGCAAACAUUCAAAGUUUGUUAGAACAUUGUUUAAAACUUCAACAUUUAUUCGUUGGAUUUAGCGCAAAAGAACUUUGCGUUAUUAAACAAUUUAGGUUAAGAGCAUUGGCUAUAAAUUUGGUACACAUAGUUAAAGGAAGCAAUGCUUCAGCAUUAGCACCAUGCCAUCAUUUUUUGUCGACCGUUGAAGAUAUGCAAACCGAAAUAGAAAAUGCCAAUUUGGAACCGGAUGAAUUUACGUCUGCCGUUUUUAAAGAAUUGUGGAUUUUAGAAGAACCCAGACCGGGAACUGUCGCUAGAAUUUUAAUACCUAUUUUGACGGAUACUAAAUUAGGACCUAUUCCACAACCAAAUAUUAAUAUAAAAAUGACUUCAGCUUCAAUAUUAGAACCAUCGGGUCAAACAGACAGCACAUUAAAAUUCACCGCCGGUUUAAUAAUGUCGGUACCUUUCGAAGCAGAGCUAAAACAUUUAUUUGAACCGAGUAGGCUUCGAUUAAAAGUAAAAUAUCCUGAUCAAAGAACGCAAAUUUUACUACCGAGACCGGCUCAUUUAAAACAAUUGGAAGAUGACGUUGGUAUUUCGAGAGAUUCAAAUGUUGGACAUAAUCUUAGGUUAUUAACAACGGUGUUGCUAUCACAUCAAGUUUGGUCAGAAGCAUGUAAUGUGGAAAUCAGUAUGGCUUUAUCAGUGUCGGAAGGAGAUUUGGGUAAACGAAAAUCAUCGUCUAUGGAUUCGUCACCAUCGUUAAUUGAUUUGUGUAAACCUGUUAAAGUUAGUGUUGCUCCUAAACCUGUUAAAAAAACAUUAUAGAUAUGAAAAAUAAUACAAUGUUUAGUUUUUAAUUUUUAAAGUCAUAUUCAGA